AUGACUCGUGCCAACGAACAAACUGCAAAGGUCUUCUACAAGGGAUCUUCUGAGGACUUCGUAGUCUUCGUCGACGAUAUUGAGAUCCUCAACAACUGGCGCAAGGAUCGCUCAAUCCCACUGGCCGAUGUGGUAAACGGCUUUAAGAUUUUUGUUACUCACAAACACGGUGCUCAAGGCAUCAUGGACGGCGCUAGCAAGGGUAUUCUGGAGACCGAGUUCGGUACCUCGAACGAGGAUGAGUGCAUUAAGAAGAUCCUAGAGAACGGCGAAUACCAGUCUUCUGUGACGAAGGAACGCCAGGGUGGUACCAAUGACGCUAAAGACUCCCCUGUCGUUGGCCGGUAA